AUGAAACUGCAGUACUCUAAAAUAUUAUUAUUUUCCCUUCCAUUAAAUAUUUUGGUGUCAUCAUCAUAUGCACAUAAUAAAAAUAAAUCAUACAUAGCACCGCAUAUACCAACUACUACAACACGAGUGUUAAGCGAAUGUAACCUAUAUAUACCAAAAUAUGAUAAUGAUGCGGAUAUGAAAUCUGUUAAGGAAAAUUUCGAUCGACAAACCUCACAACGUUUUGAAGAAUACGAAGAACGUAUGAUCAAAAACAGACAGAAACGUAAAGAACAACGUGACAAAAAUAUACAAAAAAUUAUUCAUAAAGAUAAAAUGGAGAAAAACUUAGCAGAAAAAGUAGAAAUAGGUUGUCUGAGAUGUGGGUGUGCGUUAGGAGGUGUUGCAGCAAGUGUUGGAUUAUUCGGGGGAUUGGGUACCUAUGGUUGGAAAAUCGCUGCUACUGCUACGGCUAUGGAAUUAGCUAAGGAAGCUGCUGAACAAGCAGGUGCUGCGGCCGCUGCAGAUGCAGGUAAGAACGCAGUUAUUGCUGGAUUAAAAGAAUUGGGUGUACAAAAUAUAGCUGGUCAGCCAUUGGUAUCCUAUUUGACUGCAACAAAUUAUCAUAAUGCUACAUUCAUUUCUAGUGCUAUAAAUAAUCAAUACAGCCCAUCGUCAUGUAUAUUUGUUUCCUCUGGCACUCGCUCUGGCCCUGUUGCUCGUGAGACUUUUUGCACUUGGGUGAUGCAAAAAUCUACAGCUGCAGCGAACGUCCAACGCAGUAGUGUUUCAUUCAAUGAUCUUAUAAUAAAAACUAUAGAAAAUAUCGUCACAGAUGCCAAAAAAGCUGCUGGAGAAGCUACAGAAAAGGCUAUUGAAGAAGUUAUACAAAGAAGCACUGCUGCAGUAGAAUCUACAUAUGCUAGUUGCCAGAGUGCUAUUAUUGCUUCUGUUGUUGCAAUAGUAGUUAUAGCUUUAGUUAUGAUAAUAAUUUAUUUAGUUUUACGUUAUCGUAGGAAAAAAAAAAUGAAUAAAAAAGCCCAAUACACAGAAUUAUUAAAUCAAUAA